AUGGCCACGACAACAACGCCCGUCAAUACGGCCGCUUUGAUUGGUGGAAUAGAUGUUAAACCUCAGUGGGAUGAUAAAUGUUACAACUUAGAUGAAAGCGAUACAAAUAUUACGGCCCUUGAGGAAUAUGCAAAAUUCGAAUUUCAGCCCGAAUGGUUGCGUACUAAGGAGUAUUGGGAUAGAGGUUUUGAGGAACGUUUUGAAGCUCAAAAACAUGAUAAACAACGACCACCACUAAAGGUAAUUGUCGUUCCUCAUUCUCAUAACGAUCCCGGUUGGUUGAAAACCUUUUUAAAUUACUUUCAAAGCGAUUCACGGCAAAUUUUAAAUCUGAUCGUCACUAAAAUGCAAGAGUAUACCGACAUGACUUUUAUCUGGUCUGAAAUAAGUUUCUUGCAAUUGUGGUGGGAUCAAGCGCAUCCAACGAAACAGCGAGCUCUGAAACGUUUGAUAAAUUCGGGACGUUUUGAAAUUACAACUGGUGGUUGGGUAAUGACCGACGAGGCUAACGUUCAUCUCUACGCCAUGCUGGAUCAAUUAAUUGAAGGUCAUCAAUGGUUAAAGAAUAAUUUAAACGUUACACCCACAGUAGGUUGGUCUAUCGAUCCUUUCGGCCAUGGUAGUACAGUGCCUUAUCUCUUGGCCAAUAGCAAUUUCGAAGGUGCUAUAAUACAACGAAUCCAUUACGCUUGGAAACAAUGGUUCGCACGACAAAUGAAAGGCGACUUCAUCUGGACCCCAUAUUGGCAGGAGCGAGGACAAACUGAUACCCAACAGAACGAUCGUUUGCUGAUACACAAUAUGCCCUUCGAUAUCUAUUCCAUUAAGAAUUCUUGUGGUCCUCAUCCGUUUAUAUGUUUGGACUUUGAUUUUCGUAAAAUACCUGGCGAGUAUACUGAAUACUCGGUCCGUGCCCAGUUCAUAACUGACGAGAAUGUAGAAGAAAAGGCUCAAUUACUAUUGGAGCAAUAUGCUCGAACUGGUUCUCUAUUUCCUCAUAAUGUGGCCCUAAUACCGGUAGGUGAUGAUUUUCGUUACAACGAAGAGCGUGAAAUCAAACAACAAUAUACGAACUACAAAAAACUAAUUGAUCACAUUAUGAAUAACAAGCGUAUGUAUAAUGUAGAUAUAAGUUUUGGUACACCGAAGGAUUAUUUCCGAGAAAUUCGUAAACGUACGAAAGACUUUCCCACCUUUAAGGGAGACUUUUUUGUAUAUUCCGACAUCUUUUCGGAAGGUCGACCGGCCUAUUGGUCGGGAUUUUACACGACCAGACCUUAUUACAAAAUAUUGAGCUCGGAUCUCGAACAUAAUCUACGAGCCGCUGAGAUAUUGUUCACUUUAGCUUAUAACACAGCCCGCCAGCAGAAGCACGAAAACGCAAUUAAAAUUUUCGAAAAGAACUAUGAGAAAAUGAUACAUGCCCGCCGAAAUUUAGGAUUAUUUCAACAUCAUGAUGCCAUCACCGGCACUUCCAAGGCAGCUGUUAUGCGCGAUUAUGGUAUGCGUUUAUUUGAGAGCAUACAAGACGUCGUACAUAUGCAAGUAUCUUCUAUUGAGCUACUUAUACAAAAUGGAAGUUCGAAACAUAAUUUCCUAUUAAGUGAUAUUGAGCGAGAUAAUUUUAGUAAGUUGCCACGUAAAACCCCUAUUCCCCUCACAGUGACCAGUCAAACUGGGGACUUUUCAAUUGAAUUCUCUUCGAAUAGCGGCGAUGGCAAGAGCUCCUCAUUCGUAGUAUUUAACCCUCUAGCAUAUCGGCGAGUCGAUUUUCUAAUAGUACGGACACCUAUUUGUAAAGUGAAAAUUUUAAACGAACGUGGCGAAGAGUUACGGAAUGUACAAAUUAAUCCGGUAUGGAAUAUAAUCGAUCCGGAUGAAAAUGUUUUUGGGAAUACAGUAAAUGGUGCGGGCUUGGGUCGUAUUCGCACUUCAAAACGCGUAUAUGAAGUACUCUUCAUGGUCGAAUUGGAUGCACUCGCCUUGACCACCUAUCAAGUAGUUAUCGAUGAAGUGAAUUAUAAACGCUUAAUGUCCACCAUAUAUUGCGAUGAUUGUACGGAUCGUAAUGAAAAUACCGAUUCGCCCAAAUCGACACCAGAAGAAGAGUUUCCCAUACGAACUAAACCGUCCGGCGAUAUCCAAUUGGAAAAUAAUCGUAUGCGUUUACUGUUUGAGGAGAAGACUGGAUUUUUAAUAACUCUUUCACGUAAGGGUGAGAAUCAGCAGCUAAUGAAACCGAUGCCAUGUGCCAUAAAAUUUGCUGCUUACCGUAGUGCACAAUUUCAUUCAGGCGCUUAUCUUUUCAAGACCGAUCCCGAUCAAACUGAAGCUGAGACCGAUGUUCUCGAACAAUAUGAGGAAGACGUACGGAUUAUUAUUACCUCGGGAUCAAUAGCUAGCGAUGUGACGGUGUUAUGGGGUCCAUUUCUAGCUCAUACAGUACGUCUUUUUAACACUCAUACUUUCUUAGACGGAGCCAUAUUCAUAGAAAAUGACAUUGACUUUGAACCGCCACCGAAAAAUCGUGAAACUGAGUUAUUUAUGCGUUUUAUAACCGAUAUCGAUAAUAUAGCCACAGUCAAUAAGAAUCUGCUUAAAGAAGGUGAACCCAUACCAGAAUUACCACAAUUUUACACCGAUCAAAAUGGUUUCCAAUAUCACAGGCGUGUUAAGGUUCCAUCAAUAGGUAUUGAGGGCAACUAUUUCCCCAUCACUACAACUGCGUUUAUGCAAGAUGACAAAAUACGUCUCACUUUAUUAACUACUCAUGCCCAAGGAGCCGCCAGCUAUGAACCGGGUCAAUUGGAGGUAAUGCUAGACCGGCGAACCUUAUACGAUGAUUAUCGCGGUAUGGGCGAAGGUAUUGUUGAUAGUCGUUUAACACGUCAUAAAUUUUGGUUGCUAAUCGAAGAUGUAAACGCCCGUAUUCCCGAGCCCUCAUCUACACCUAAUACCUAUCAAGUGCCCAGUUUAUUAGCCAAUUAUUUGGCCAAUAGUUUACGUUAUCCGGCCAAUAUUUAUUUUAUAGAGAAUUUUGAUAAGUCUUUGCAACUUAAAACCAAAGUUAAUUUACUUGAAUCCAAAACUUGGCCCUGCGAUAUUCAUUUGUUAAAUUUGCGCACCCUCUCCGAAGAACAACUGCAAUUGUUCCCUUCAUCAUCAGCCUUAAUGAUAUUACAGCGACAAGGUUACGAUUGUAAUGUAAAUAGUCACUUGAUCGACAUGACGCGUGUCUGCCCAUUCACUAACGCGGAGGGAUUAGGUAAAGCAAUUUUCAAUAGUUUGGAGAUCGAACGAAUUGAAAAAACGACUUUAACGGGUUUGCGUACCGAAGCGACAACACAACGUAAACGCUUAAAAUCAUUUGCUGAUAUAAAUCUAAGACCCAUGGAAUUAUUGACUUUUAAUUUAACAUUUAGAACUUAACUUUAGAAUCUGACUGAUUUUUUCUUUUUCUUUUUUUUUUAUUAUUUUUUCCAUUAUUUCCUUAAAUGUUAGAAAAAAAAAAUGUACAAAUAGCUUUUAUUUUAUUAAAUAUGGUUUCAUCCUAUCAGCUAAGUUAUUAUAUUAAUUAAAAGUCACAAAUCAUUCCAUACAAUAGCUUUUUGAACCAGUAUUUGUUUUAAUCAUAAACAUAAUCAUAUAUUUGAAAUCGAAUAUUAUAAUCUAAACUGUGAACAAUUGCAGUUUAAUAUAAUCUAAACAAACAUAAUUUUAAAUUGAAUUUCCCCUUGAGCAUAAAAAUUUACCUAAAAAUCUACUUUUAGGUUAUAGGUUGCAUUUUAUUUUCACAUAACCUACACAAUCCUAAAUGAUACGAGGAUCACCUACAAACGAAAAUUCAUAGUUUAACCAUCUUUGUUUAUACGUUGUUAUAUUUUACUUUGACAUAACCUACAUAACCUUUAGUGAUACUUUUCCUAACGCAACUAUAAUUUCCCUUUUCCUAUUUCGUAACUCCAUUUCAAUGUAUAUUUCGAUCAGAGACUUUUCGAAAAUAUAAUUCCAACUUAUUCUCCAAAAUGUUUUUUUUUUAAUUAUUUAAAAAAUAUUCUAAAAAUUAUAUUGAAAGUAGUGCAAUAUCUGCCAAUACGUCCUUAAAAU